AUGGACGAAAACGUCUCGCUUUUUUGCGGUGGGCUUUUUCACAUGCCACGGGGGACGUCGUUUUGUGUUUUUUUGCUGCAGCAGUUUCUUGUGUUUGUUGGGUUGUUGUUUUCUCCAUGUCAUGCGGUGCAGUCCGAUUAUGCAAAGUACGUUGAGGCCGCUGAUGGGGGUGCGUUGGGGUCGUCUGCGUUUGGUCUAGAGAACUCGCUGGCGAGUAUCGUUGACUGUUUUCCUGGGGUGAUACUUUUGCCCAGCAACACAACGUACUACUGCGAGAUCAACGGCAUUGCGGCCUUUAAAGAGUCGGUGCUGUUGUGCGCCUCGUACUACACCCGGGACGGUAGACUGUUUGGUGGUUGGCCGGCGACUGUGGAGGGGGCAGGAAACUUCAUUUCGUUUAUCCCUGGGACUGCAGCGCCCUCCGGUUUGAUAGCGCUUGUCAUCACGGAAUACAAUGCGUUGUUGAAUCCACCUUUUCUGCCCGUAACGACAAACAAGACGAUGGAGCUUUGGGACAGUGAAAAUACCCACACGUCCUUCUUUGCACCCUUUCCCUAUUAUGGAUUACAUGCAUCUUGGGAGAUGAACAUACCGAAGAAGUAUGUUGUUGCUGGUAGUUUACUUGUCCGCGCUGGGGUAGAGUGCCAGUCCAUCGCGAAGAACUGUGGUGCAGAAGUUGGAUGUUACAACGUCACCGAGUCCCAUCUUCUUCCUUUGCCUGGCAACUACUCACUCUGCGUGACGGCGGAUGGCUGGCGAGGCCAUUAUCUACCGUGGGGCCAAUCCUACCUUGAGGUGAAGGCAGUGGUGGCGAACCCGUUGUAUAUAAUGAAUGGAACAUUGACAGCCAUCACACUGAAGGAUGCAAGAAUAGGCAGUAAUUUGCCUCGGGUACAUCAAGUGUUUCUGGUGCCAUGCUUGGGUGACUCCUGCUCCACGAAGGAAUUGUUUUCAUAUGAAAAAGUGGUUGACAUCGGUGCGUGUAGAAAGAGCCGCCGUUCCGAUCGUAUACAUUACGUGGAAGGCUGCCCAGUUUCUUUAAAGCCUGGGAAUUACGCUGUGUGCGCUGAACUUUUUUCUUGUGACGCCAAUUCUGUGGAUGUGGACUCGUGUGACGUGACUUCUUCUGCGCUGUCUGUGACCGUUUUUCUGAGUCCUUUUACACUUACAUUCAUACAUGUGUCCAUUGACACGUUGGUGAUUGGACUGGCUGGCGGCGACCUUGGCUUCCGAAGUGUGCCAUACGAUGUGUGUCUGCUGCCCAGCGCUGCAGCAUGUGAUUUGGAGCUUGGUGCUGCGUAUUUAUGUGUAACAAGCUCCACGCCAAACUCACUUUUGCUGGAAAUCAACCGAAGCCGUGCUCAGUUACCUGAUUCUCUCACCUUGUGUCUUGUGGCAGUGAACGCGACAUUUUUGGGUCAUCGCUACAUGUGGAUUCAAACGCUGGCGAGCGUCACGCUGACGAAUCAAAUGAAUGCUUCUGAUGGGCGAUGCUGUUCAACGGCCGUUGUCGCUGGGAUUGUCGUGGGCGUUGUUAUCUUCACUUUUCUUUCAGUAGUCGCACUGGUUGUUUGCCACCUACACUCUCGAAGGGCACGUGUUCUGGCCACCCGUGCUGGGUGCGAAGAGGCGCCCUCGCUGCAUCCGGCGGCCGUGGCUGGAAGGCACUCGAACCCCCUUGCGGUGCCGCAUUGCAAUCGAACGGAGAACACUUCCAUUCAUUCAGUCCAUGGCGGGGAAUUUUCCGAAGUCGGGGUGCCACCCACAUUUAUGUCUCUUCUGCCCAUAGUUGAUGAUGAGAGCCGGCAUUCGUCCCUCAGAAGUGGCCACGUAUUAGAAGAAGGUACCUCGGCGGCUAGCAGCACCCACCGUGCCGUGUUGCCAGAGAGUAGGAGGAUGCCCCCUGUGAUGCGUGAGGGGAAUGUGAUCCCAUACGAAAUCCAGUCAGAAACUUUUGCCUCCGAAACAGUGGAAGAGAUGCGUGCAUUUACAGCCAGCAGUAACUUUUCGCAAUUUUCUGGCGCAACACAAUUUAGGGUACAAAUGAGUCUUACCAGGAACGGCUUUCAGCUGUCGGAUCGCACCACUUCCUUCGGUACCGUGCGGGAGUGGGGUGCUUCCCCGCAUACAUCUGUAAUUGGGUCGUCUGCGAACGACUGCAAUGCAUCAUUACAGCCAUGUGAAUUGUUAGUUUGUUCAUCAUCUUCUUUAAAUGCUUCCCGUCUCGCCCUCGAGGCUCAGCCGGAACCCGGUGAUUCUUCGCUUUGGGCGUGCGCUGAUGGCAAUGCGCAAGGACACACGGUCGGAGCACGACCCGCUUCCACGCCCCCCGCCUUUGUAAACGACACGCUCAGUCCCUUUUCGCAUCAUAGAGAGUGUCCGUGUCUGCUGAUGGCAGCGCAAGGUUACCAAAAUUCGGCAAACGAAGGGACCGCUCUGACGUGCAGCGAUGAGCAUCAAACUUAUGAAGGGCGUGAGCUACCGGAGGUGCAUGCACCGGGUGCCGGAAACGCCACCAAUGGGGAUUCCAGUCGACAUCUGGCACCAGUAUUACUGAGAGAAGAAGGAGAGGAGUCUCUGUCCCCGCUGGGGGUUGACGCAGCCACCGCUAAUGAAAUAGGAGACGACGCGUGUUUGAUGCUUGCCAGCGUUGCUCCUAAAUACGAUUCGGAUGAUGUUGCACGGACAGCUUCUUCAUUCUCCACCGAGACUGUUUCUCUCUCCGCAUGUGAACCGCUACCACGUAUUAUUUGCAUCGAUAUUAUUGAAUAUUGUCCAUACCUGACUUUUUGCGAAUUCUGUGAGUAUUUCUCAUCAACGGAGAGCACCACUUCCAUUGGAGAAAGCGAAUGUGACACUGCCGACAGCCAAAGCUCCUUGAUUUGA